AUGGAAGCGCUAGCCGGCGAGGCCCAGAAGCUGCCAAAUUGGCAGCCUGAGGCGCUGGUGCAAGUGCAGCAGGCGCAGCAGCAGCUGCAGCAGCAGCUGGGGCAGGUGCAGCAGCAGCUGGGGCAGCUGCAGCAGCAGGUCGAGGCAGCGGACCACAACUCGUUCUCGCGGCUCUGGAACUUCCACAUCAACAUUGACCAGGAGGUCAUGUGGCUCCGCAACAGCAGCGGGCAAGCGCCGCAGCAGGCCCCCCUCCUGCUUUCUGACGUGCGGGAGGCCGCAGAGGACACUUUGGACACCCUGUUGGCCCACUACGGCCUGUACUCACAGGGCACUGUGUCGCAGCGGCGCCGCAGGCUGCUGGUCCACCUGGGCAUCUUCACGUGA